UUUUUUAGAAGACCGAUCCCGAUCGUAAAUCUGAAAUAAGAAUUGGUGAGCAUUGAAAACAUGGCAUCCAGCAGUCUACAAAACAAGCUGAACGUCAUAACUGGAUGUUUUAUAUGUCUAGAAAAACUAAAAACACCGAGAUGCCUGCCUUGCUCACAUUUGUUUUGUAACAGUUGUUUAUGUUCGUAUAUUGUCACUUCAUGUGAAUUAAAGGAAACCCCGGUGGGAUUUCCGUGUCCAAUAUGUAGAGAAUUCAUUCCGUCCCCGGAUGUUUCCGAGACGCCGGAAGACUGGGCCCAAAGAUUUCCCAUCUGUAAUGUUGUAGACAAAGUCGAUGAGCUCCGAAAGGAUAAAUUUUGUGCACCAUGUAAGAGAGAGAACGAAGUCGAAACAGCUAAAAGUUUCUGUGUCGAUUGUGAGGAGUUACUGUGCAACAACUGCGUAAAGUACCACAAGAGAAGUCUAGCUAGCCGGGCUCACGUCAUCGUCCCAGAGAGCGAACCUAAAGCAAUAUUCGUGAAAAUCAGCAGGGCCAUUAUGAAGGAUGAAUUUUGUCAGGAUCAUCCCGAGAGAAAGAUUGAAUUAUACUGUGAGGAUCACAGCGAGGUUUGCUGUGGACUCUGUGUCAGUAUCGAUCACAGAAUGUGUGACAGUGUAGAGACCAUACAAAAAGCUGCUGUCAGAAUUAAAAACAGUGAGGAAGUUAGAAGCAUAUUGAGUGAAUUGAAGAGCUAUGAAGACAAGUUGUUAGAACUGAGGGAGAAGGAAGAGGAAAACGUCAUCGUUUUUGACGAUGCUUCAGAUGAUAUUGUAGAGGAAACGAAGAAACUAAGACAAGAGAUAAAAGAACAUCUGGACAGAUUGGAGAAUGAACAUCUCGGAGAACUGGGUGGUCUUACAAAGAAAGGAAAAGAGAAAUUGAACAAGAAAAUUGAUUCCAUAUCUGAAAGGAUUAAAUUUACAGAACACUGCAAGAAAAAACUUCAAGAUUUAGAUGAAGAAGGGAGCGUGUAUUACAUGAAGGAAUUUUUGAGAGUCAAACGAUCUUUUAAAAUGCUAAGAAAGGAGGUAUUUGUUGAGUUAAAGGUAAAAAUUGAAUCGCAAAUGUCAAAAGAGCUUUCUGAUAUGAAGAAAAUAGAACAUUUUUCACGUCUUAGUGUUAAAGAGAAGAAAGUGUAUGGAGGACUGGCCAAUUUCGGACUCCUCUAUGAGUUCAGUAUACAAAAAGGGUACCUCUCUGGUGGAACCUUCCUACCAGAUGGGACUUUUCUCUUCGCUAACUGUGUAUGGGCCAAUUGCGGAAUUGAGGAGCCACUCUUGAAACAGCCACUCUUCAAGUAUUCCAUGACAAGCCAGGAUUGGGAUUCCGCGGGAGAAAUUGAGAAAGUAGGAAGGUCAUUUGAUGCUCAGCAUGAUGGGAAUGAAUGUUUUGUAACUUUACAAGACGAAAAAUGCAUUAGUGUUAUUUCCAUUGAUACGUUCACAGAAACUAGGCGAUUUUCAAUAGAGGGAACGUACAGGCUUCAUGGUCUUGCCAUUGGAGAUGAUUACCUCUACAUCGCCUGCCAAUCUGCUAUUUUGAAAUACGACAAAGAAGGAAACUUUAUCCAUAAAUAUCCAGUGGAAGGCUGCAGUCUUUACGUCACGGUGACGGACCGCGGCCAUAUUGUUUACAGUAGUGUGUCUACCAAUACGGUCACUGCUAUGGAUGAAGAAGGGGAGAUAAUCUGGAAGUACACCAGUCCUGAUCUCGUCAGUACACGAGGGGUGGAUCAAGAUGAAGGAGGGAAGAUUUAUGUGGCGGGGAGAGGCAGUAAUAACGUACACGUGUUGUCUGGUGACGGUACUUUUCUUGGAAUUAUUGAAGACAUUCCCCGUCCCAUCUUCAUGAAGGCUAAAAAAGGAAGCAACAUUUUCUGUGUGAGUAGUGAUUGGAAGUUUGUAAGGACUUACCAAAUGGAUACUGCGUAAUGAUUGGUCAAUGUGAAGAAUUGUGGGAAAAGUAUCAGAAUGUUUCUGCUUAAUCAUUGGUCAAUGUAAAGAAUGUGAAAUACACUUAUGAUUGAUUCUGCAUAAUGAUUGGUCAAUGCGAUUGCCGACAAAUUUGUAAACUUGUAUAUAUCAAAUUGGAUUUGCAUAAUGAUUGGUCGAGUGAAGAGUAUCAGAGUCUGACAAAUGGAUCCUAUGAAAAUGAUAGUCUGUAAAUUCAAAGAAUGCAAGAGCCCACUAGCCCAUUAUUUGUGGUUGUUAAAUUACGUAUACGUGUACGUGACUGUAGUGGCAUGACAACUGAAUGCAGUAGCUUAUGUAAU